UCUCUAGCGUCUAACACAGGCGUUCGCACAUCUUCCCAUGCACUUUUGCAAAAAGAAAAUGCAUCUGAUACAAAAUGCAAAAAAGUAUAGAUAGAGCAUCUCAUACAACCCUAACUCUUCAUAGGGAAGGCUGCCAUACGACUUAGACUGCCAAAACGGUGUCGUAGAGCGGAGCGGAGCUUCGGAAGGUCGUCGCGGUGGAGCUCUGGCUAUGGCCGAUGGCUGAUGGAUCGAGUGUUGGAGAGUUCAAUUGUGAAAUAGCCUCUUUCUAGGGUGUUCAUUGAUGUUGUUGUUCCAUUGCGUGCAAUUUUGAGGUAAGGAUGGCGGUCAUGGCGCCUGCGAACGGCCAUAGUCAGAGCUGGAAGGCGGCGCCGGAGAAGAGAUCCGUGAAGUAUGCAAGUUCAACUUACGACAAUGAUGCAUCUAGGUCGCGGUACGACGCUUACAGUCGGCUUCAAGCUACUGCACUGGCUUUUGGUGAGAAGUUGUCGAUUCCGGAGAUUGUUGCCGUUGGUGGACAGUCUGAUGGUAAGAGCUCGCUGCUCGAGGCGCUCUUAGGAUUUCGGUUCAAUGUUAAAGAGGUGGAGAUGGGAACGCGUCGCUCGCUCCUGCUGCAGAUGAUCCAUGAUUCCGACGCGUUGGAGCCCCGCUGCCGUCUCCAGGAUGAAGAAGCUGAUGACUACGGGCCAGUGAUCACGCCCGUUUCAGCUGUCGCUGAUCAUAUUCGUAAAAGGACUGAGGAGUUUUUGAAGAAAUUGGAAACGGCAGUAAGUUCGAAGCCAAUUGUGAUGCGAGCGGAGUACGCACUCUGUCCCAACCUUACAAUCAUUGAUACCCUUGGUUUUAUUCUCAAGGCUAAAAAGGGUGAACCGGAGAGUACUCUUGAAGAUAUUCAGAGCAUGGUACGACAGUUAGCUGCUCCUCGACACAGGUUACUACUGUUUUUGCAACAAAGCAGUGUAGAGUGGUGUUCAUCUCUUUGGCUGGACGUCGUAAAAUCCAUUGAUCCUACCCUGCAACGUACUAUCGUGAUGGUUUCAAAGUUUGAUAACCGUCUGAAGGAAUUUACCGAGCGAUGGGAAGUAGAUCGAUAUCUUAGUACUGGAGGUUAUUUAGGUGAGAAUGCUCGCCCUUUCUUUGUGGCUUUGCCCAAAAAUGGAGCGACAACGACCAAUGAAGAUUAUCGGCGGCAAAUUUCAGUUGUUGAUACAGAUAUUCUUAAACAACUUCGUGAGAAUGUUGCUGGGGGAUUUGACGAAGAGAGAUUUGGGAAUUAUGUUGGAUUUGGAAAGCUAAGACUGUACCUGGAGGCGGAACUUCAGCGGAGGUAUAGAGAUGCUACUCCAGAAACGAUGCUACUGUAUCAUCGGUGCACGGAGAUGCAAUCUGAGCUUGCUAUUGCAGAGGCGAAGAUCAAAGCAUCAGCUGAUGUGACAUCACUGCGGAAACUUGCUAUGAAGCAUGCAUGGUUGAUGGCAAGCAAUAUGAUUGAACUGCUUGAUGGUGUAGACAGUCCAGAUCCUUCCAAGUGGGGCCGGACUUCAGAGGAGAGAAGUGAGAGUGGACUGGUUAGAUGGCCAGGCCAGGUGGAGGAUAUCGUGCCAUGUAAUGCACACCUGAGUCUCUAUAGACGUGCUGCCUUUAAUCGGGUGCUGGAUGAGUACAAGUGUGUGGCGUGCUCCAUAGAGUGGCCUCCUGUCCGAGAAGAAAGGGUUGCAAGUAUUUUACAGGCUCGUGGAGGUCCCGUGUUUGUGCUAGCUCAGUCAUCAGCAAGAUCCUUGUUAUUAGUAUCAUCUCUAUUUGACAUUUUUAGUGUUAUCACUUAGAUGACUUAUCAUUUAACUAUAGUUCUUGUAUAUUGAUUCAUUUUGUAAGAAAAGCUUGGUUGGGCCAACAUGGAUUGUCCUUUGUACAUCAAACAAGGAUCGAAAUAGAAGUCUGUUACCUUGGCUUGUA